GCGCUCUCGUGAGCCGUUUGGUCACCACUUCCAGCACAAUCCUCACCCUACGCCGCACCGAGUGUCAUCCUGGUGCACCGACUCCUCCACGACGAGCACCUCUUGCUCUUCUUGUACCAGGUGGGCAGCAUCCUCUCACAAACUAGCAGCUCGCCGUAUAGCUUGGACCAGGGGUUCGUGUGACGUUGAAAUGCCUGCGCCUCAGCGCAAAGGUCAUUGGUAUCGUCCCUUGACUUCACUGGCUUUCUUCAGAGGCUCCAACUCCACUGGCAUCAACCGCAUUGAUGGAGCUAUUGCUGAUUCGGUUGUUGAAAAACGAAGACUUUUCCAUGCCGAACGAAGGAAAUCCGCCAUACAGAAGAAAAUCAUCGACGCAUCUGAAGAGCUGCAUAUAAUGAUGCCACUGUCGCAAGAUGAUGCCAAGAUGAAUGACUUGAGUACCACUAAACAGGAGCCACGAAUCGAGGGCGAGAUAUGUUUGCUCACUGAUAGCCCUUACAGAAUUUUAAGGGCAGCAGAAAGUGGUAACUUGGAGGACUUCAACAAGCUGUUUUCGGCCGAGCCAGCUCGCCUGGGCGUGAGAGACUCCAAGGGCCGCGCUGCCGCUCACCAAGCUGCUGCUAGGAACAAGGUCAACAUUCUCCAGUUCAUCGCCAAUCAUGGUGGAGAUUUGAGCAUCAGAGAUCACGUUGGUAACACACCGCUGCAUAUAGCUGUGGAAUAUGAGUCACUGGACGUCAUCGAGUAUCUAUUGCAGACUGCCGUGGACACGAGCAUUCUGAACAACAAGCAGCAGGCGCCCAUCCACAUCGCGACGGAGCUGAACCGCGUGAGUGUGCUGCAGUUGAUGUCCAAAUACAAGGAGCGCAUCGACAUGCGCCAAGGGGGCGAACACGGACGCACCGCUCUCCAUCUCGCCGCCAUCUACGAUCACGACCAGUGCGCCAAAAUAUUGAUAAGUGAGUUGGGCGCAUGCCCCCGUCGUCCCUGCAACAACGGCUACUACCCGAUCCACGAGGCGGCCAAGAACGCAUCCUCGCGCACCAUGGAGGUGUUCCUGCAGUGGGGAGAGUCACGUGGCUGCUCCCGCGAGGAGAUGAUCUCCUUCUACGACGCUGAGGGCAAUGUGCCUCUGCACUCGGCCGUUCACAGCGGCGAUUUCAAGGCAGUGGAGCUAUGCCUGAAAUCAGGCGCGAAAAUCUCUACACAGCAACACGACCUGUCGACUCCGGUGCACCUGGCGUGCGCCCAAGGCGCUAUCGACAUCGUGCGACUUAUGUUCGGUCUCCAACCGCAGGAGAAGGCGCUCUGCCUCCAGUCCUGCGACGUCCAAAAGAUGACGCCCCUCCACUGCGCCGCCAUGUUUGAUCGCGCUGAAAUUGUACAGUUCCUCAUACAGGAGGGUGCUGACAUCAAUGCAAUGGACAAGGAGAGAAGAUCUCCUCUUCUGCUUGCAGCAUCGAGGGGCGGCUGGAGAACGGUGCUAGCUUUGAUUCGUCUCAAAGCCAACAUCCAUCUCAAGGAUUUCAACCAUCGCAACAUUCUGCAUCUGGUUGUUAUGAAUGGUGGAAGGCUUGAUGAGUUUGCCACUGAAGUUAUCAAGGCUCAGUCAACCGAAGAUCUGCAAGAAUUGCUGAAUGAGAAAGAUAACAUGGGCUGUUCGCCUCUGCACUUUGCCAGUCGCGAAGGUCAUAUCAGAAGUCUCGAGAAUCUAAUUCGUCUGGGAGCCUGCAUCAAUCUGAAAAACAACAACAAUGAGAGUCCUCUUCAUUUCGCUGCAAGAUACGGAAGGUACAACACAGUGAAACAACUAUUGGAUUCGGAGAAAGGCUCAUUCAUCAUAAAUGAAACUGAUGGAGAUGGGCUCACACCCCUUCAUAUUGCAUCACAGCAAGGUCAUACUCGAGUAGUGCAGCUGCUGCUGAACAGAGGUGCCCUGCUGCACCGCGACCACAAUGGUCGUAACCCACUGCAUCUGGCCGCCAUGUGUGGUUUCACCCAGACCAUCGAACUGCUGCAUUCGGUGCACUCGCAUCUACUCGAUCAAGUCGACAAGGAUGGCAACACAGCCCUGCAUCUGGCUACAAUGGAGAAUAAGCCCAAUUCGAUAGCGCUGCUGUUAUCAAUGGAAUGCAAACUGCUCUACAACCACAUUGAUUUGAGCGCCAUUGAUUAUGCCAUCUACUACAAGUUUCCGGAGGCAGCUCUUGCAAUGGUUACUCACGACUCAAGAGCCCAAGAAGUAAUGGCCCUACGUUCCGACAAGCACCCUUGCGUCACCCUGGCUCUCAUCGCUUCAAUGCCCAAAGUUUUCGAAUCUGUUCAGGAUAAGUGUAUUACAAAAGCUAAUUGUAAAAAAGAUUCCAAGUCGUUCUAUAUCAAAUAUUCAUUCAUGUACUAUCAGAAAUCGACCGACGAGAAACGGGAAAUCAGAAAGGCGUUGAACAAUCCGCAGUGGGUGCCCUCUCCGCUCGAAGUUGUCAAUGCAAUGGUUGUCCAUGGUCGCGUGGAGCUGCUAGCUCACCCUCUCAGCCAGAAAUACCUGCAAAUGAAAUGGAACUCCUACGGCAAAUACUUCCACUGUGCUCAUCUACUCUUUUAUAUGGUCUUUCUAAUAUUCGUAACCUACUUCUCGUCAAAGCUAAUGGAUGUCUCGAGGCCUAUCGUUAGCAAUGCCACGAAAAGCAUCGAUUUUCAAAGGACUUAUCUGCAGUAUGCUGAAAUUAACAUGACAGAAGAACAGAUGAUGAUCAAAGCAGCGAUGUACACAAGCGCGGUGGUAAUCUGCAUCUACAUCGUGCUGAGUUCGCUGCGAGAGGUGUUGCAGUUGUACCAACAGCGCUGGCAGUACCUGCUGGAUCCAACCAAUCUGGUCUCGUGGAUGCUGUACAUCUCCUCGCUGAUGAUGGUCUUUCCUCUGCUCACCGGACAAACUCAGGCUCUGGUCAGCCUGCAGGUGUCCUGUGCUUCCAUCACCGUCUUUCUCACCUGGUUCACGCUCUUACUCAAUCUGCAGAGGGAGUUCCAAGAAACACAGGAAACUCACUUGAGAGAAAAACGGAUGCACUACUGCACUAUAGAAAUAUCACAGCACUCGUUCAUUCACGUUCCGCUGUAUCAGGGCGACCACCUGUCGUUCAGCACGGUUCCGAUGUCGCUGAUGCGAACGUUCUCCAUGAUGCUGGGUGAGAUCGACUUCCUGGGCACCUACGUGCAGCCCUUCUAUCUGACCGACGAGGACCGCCGCACCCUGCCCUACCCCUUCCCCGCCUUCCUCAUCCUCGGCAUCUUCAUGGUGCUCAUGCCCAUUCUGCUCAUGAACCUGCUCAUCGGUUUGGCCGUCGGAGACAUCGAGUCGGUGCGUCGCAACGCGCAGCUCAAGCGACUUGCUAUGCAGGUUGUACUCCACACAGAAUUGGAAAGGAAAUUGCCACAAGUACUUCUGGAAAAGGUCGAUAAAAUGGAACUGAUCGAAUAUCCGAAUGAAACAAAAGGCAAACUUGGAUUCCUUGAUAUGGUGAUAAGGAAAUGGCUUUGCAACCCAUUCUCAGAUGAUGGUUUGGAGAUGGUACUCGAAAACAAUGAAGACUACGUUUCUGGUGAACUGGAAAAAAUGAAAACCAAAUUGAAAACUAUUUCGAAAAAUCUCGAAGGUCAACAGGUGUUACUGCGCUUGAUUAUACAGAAAAUGGAGAUCAAAACAGAAGCAGAUGAAGUGGACGAAGGAGUGUCACCGAAAGAUUUGAAGCAUAUCGCCGGCAUUAACACCAAGUGGACUUCACCCCGAGUUCGAAAUAAGCUGCGCUCCGCUCUCAGCUUUUCAAAGGCCCAAUCUCCCAAAUGAAAGCAGUUGCCUCGAAGACCUCUCAACACAAUUCUUUUGUAGUAAUAUUUUGAUUUGAAAAACAGAAAAUUUUUAAUAAUUUGAACAGGAAAUAAAAGCCUAUUUUAAUUAUUGAUGAAACACUGAACUUGAGGUAUUCUUAGGUCUAUUGGAUAGUAGAUACUGUUUUAAACUUGUUUAAAGAUUGAGUGUAAUAGCAUUAUCGGCUGAUGGAACUCCUCGGCAGGAGUGAAAUGCAUUCCACAUUACUAACUAGAACAGUAUUUUUGAUUAAAAUCAUUAUUUACUUUGAAACAAAUGCCGUAGAUUCGACAGAGUAAUAAUUAUUAUUUUAGAUUAUCUGACGUCAUAAUCUAGUACCAGUAUCCAUUCAUCCAAUUUAAAUCCUGGGUUUUUACUGAUUCAUAUUAAUGACCAUUUAUUGGGAUUUGAGAAGAGAAGCGUAUUUGUAAUCAAAAUGACUAGAUAAUUUCAUUUUCAUUUAUUUAAUUCAGAAUAAUCUUGUUUAUAUAGAAUAGUGUUUUCCAUUUUUGGAAUAAUAGUGUAUUUUACUAAAUUAAUUUCUCUGUUCUAAUGUUCUAUUUUAUGAGAUGUAACUCUUUCAAAUUAUUCGUUGAGGGACCAAGAUUAUCACAUUGUUUGAGAGGAUACCGUAUUCAAAAAUAUAUUCAUGAUUUCCAAAAAACUAAGUGGAGCUCAUUUUUUUAAAUGAGUGAAUGGCUGCUGUAAGGGAAAUGGAUUAGUUACUAAAAGAGCGUGACAUUGUCGAUUGAUAUUAAUAGGCUACGCUUACAAGAAUAUUAAGACACUAUAGAAAACAGUUUAAUAUUGAUUCAAAAGUGGAGCAAAGCGUUGCUUUGAAUUCCAAUAUUAUGAAAAAACGUUAAUUUAUUAAGAUGAAUGUUAUUUGGAUGGAUAGUUUUAUUGAAAUAUCAAGUAUUAUAAGAAUUAUAUUCUUACAGUAGUUAGUAGCUCGUAUACGUGUAUUUAGUCAUUAAUUCUUAAUAAAAAUAUAAAAUAUUCUUCAUAAAAAUAUUAUUGAAAUGUAAUUUAAAUUAUUCAAACAGCCCAGUAUUUUUGUAAUUGAUGGAGAUAGAAAAUAUAGAUGGAACAAAUAUUGUCCACUAUAAAAACUCAAUUAUUUAUUAUUAUAAGAAGCUGUUAUACUGCAUUAGUUUGUAAGAUAAUGUUAUCCAUUUAAAAAGAAGGACCUAAAAAUAUGUGUUGCCUUUAUGUAACGUAGAGCCAAAUUAUUAGAGAAUUGGAUGUGUAAUAUGUUGGAUGUAUUGUGGAAAAUAAAAUAUUUGUAUACUGAUCA